AUGGCCGAUAACCCAGAUUACAUAACAAACCUCGAAACACUAGUAAAAAAGACUCCUAAAAGAGUGCUCGCUAAUUUUGCAGUUUGGAAAGCUAUUGAAUUAUUAAUUCCAAUUACUGGAUCAAAAACUCUACUCGAUAUCCGAAAUAAUUUUUACAAAUCCUUAAAUGUUUCAAUCACAGAAUCUAAUUCUGAUUGUUAUACAUCUCUUAAAACUGCUAUGCCAAAUAUUCUUCUCUCUUUUUACUUACAUCAUUAUUAUUAUUUAUUAUCCACUGGACAAAGAUGCUUUAGAUAA